AAAAAAAUUGACGUUUUUGGAAUCUCGUUCCAUGUAUGGGUGCACAAAGAAAUCUCUUCAGGAUCCGCGAGAAAGGGUCUCUGUGACCUCAUAAUCGCGAAGAGUUGAUGGUUUUCCUGGGGCCAAAGCCUUGUUUGGCGAGUGUUUCGACCUUCGUUUUCGAUUGUCGACAUUGCUUGCAAGCUGCACUUUUAUCGUUCAGAGUACGCACAGUAUCUGCUCAAAUUUGAAUUGGCGGUCCACAUGGUACUCCACGUGGCACAUUUCUUCAGUCAGAGACUCAAAACAAUUAGAACAGAAGUGAAUGCGUUUUCGUAGCUUUCCUGUUAGAUUUCCAUUAUGUCUUUUGAUUUUAGGUUGGUAGUUAGUUAGGUAUAAGUAGCACUGUGUUCAUGGCCAGCUUUGACGGCGGUAGUGCUCCCAGCCGUCGCAUCACCCGGCAAUCAAUUGAUGUGCCCCUCGUAGCACCAGGUCACGCACUCUGUCUCUUUUGUGGCCAAGUGAAAAAGAAAAUUCCAAACCGUUCCACCAGGCAGAACCUCUCGCAGCUACUUACGGAGGACGCUGAAGCCAAAUUAAAAAGGGCUGCGUCCAUCCGUAAGGACGACCGAAUUAUCAUUGCCAUCUCUGGCGGCGGCAGCCUUAUUUCCAGAGAAGUUUUUUAUCACAGACACUGCUAUCAGGCCUACACUCGUGAGGUGUCCUUGUCACGCCUGGAGAGUGACAGCACAACCCUUGCAGUGGUUGAUGAGCAGGAGGAGGAGCAGGCCCCUGGUGAUGAUGGUAAGGAGUGUGCUUUCUUAGCCAACAUCCAACACCGACUUUUUCACCAGAAUGAAGUGUUGGACAUAAAUCAGUUGACAUCUGUUUACAACACAACAAAUGCAUUGACCGUUCGUAAUGAUUUUGUUAAGAGCUACUUAAUUGAUAAUUAUGGAACAGAGCUCACGUUUGUGAGACCUGCAGCUCGCCGCAAGUGUGAGCUUGUUUACGCCACUGUUAAUGCCCCCACCUUAAUCGCCCAUGCCCAUAGCGCAGGUGCUUUUGGCAAUGUGGAUAGCGAUGAGGAUGUCGCCAUUAGUGAAGUGGUUCAGCGAACUGCACCAAUGAGCAGCGGUGCGGAUGUGGGUACAGUGUACCAUGCUGCACGGUCACUGCGUGUCCUCUGUCAGGAGCACAACUUUGACGAGUGCACAGGGCUUUCAGUUGACGAUGCAAGUGCCAGUGUACCGGACAUGCUGCACAAUUUCCUGGUGUGGCUUAUGUCAGACAAGUAUCAUGCUGUUGUGCAGUCAACCAAGAUCUCAGUAGAAGAUCCAGCAACGUGUCGGCGUGUUCAGUCCAUUGCGCAGGAUGUAAUGUUUGCCACUGCCUCGGCAAUUCCACCCAAGCACAUAGUCUUGGCAUUGACCCUGCACCAUCUGUUCCGGAGUGAGAAGUUGACCACAAUGUUAAACCGCUUGGGUCAUUGCAUUGCCUACUCGCAAGUGUUGGAAAGAGAGACCAAGAUGGCAGAGGACAAGCUAGUUGCCGGGCAUGUUGUGGAUCAGCUUCCAGACGUCAUCAAUCCAAGUACACCAUUCUAUCAUGUUGCUGACAAUAAUGACUUGAACGAGGAGACAGUGGACGGGAAGGGCACCACUCACUGCACCAACACGAUUGUUGUGCAGCCAAUUCUGAGUAGUGAGGGUGAUGGCACAUGGCUGCCUGGAGCACAAGGCCAUGAGCGGAACCGGAAGCGCAAAAGAGCCCUGGAUAUACAGCCAGAAGUAUUUGCAGACAUCGUUUGCGCCAAGAAUGUAAACCCUGCGAGGCGGCCGGCUGUGACACAGCAGCAACUGGAAGGUGUUAUGUCGGAUGGUGAUGCUGUGGCGCUGAACGACUUCACCUGGAGGCGUUGUCGAUCCAGUCGAAGUGGAGAGCUCCUUGACCCGGUCGUUGAAGUGUUGUCUGAUUUACCCGAGCAAAAAGUGCCAUCAUGGUCAGCAUUCAACGCACUGGUGAGCCGCAAGGAUGUACCACCGAAAUCCAGGAUUGGAUAUUGCCCUGUGAUGAAUGCUUCACCAACCGAGUCUUCAACCGUGUAUGCAUUGCUGACCAAGUGCCUACGAAGGUGUCAAAACUCUGAUCUGAGCUUCACGUUGAUUGUUUUCGACCAAGCCAUUUACGCCAAGGCCGUGGACAUUGUCACACAACGAGGAGAAGAGUUUGCGCCUAUUGUACUGAGACUAGGUGCUUUUCAUAUUGCUUGCACCUUUCUGGCAAUCAUCGGGAAGAGGUUUCGCGAUGCCGGUCUGUUGGAUCUGCUUGUGGAAUCUGGUGUUGCUGGAACUGCAUCAGCCUCCUCUGCCCUGGAUGGUCGGCAAUACAACCGGGGUAUGCGAUUCCACAAGAUUGCUUCCGAGGCAUUGGAACGGUUGCGCUGGAAGGAAUUUGUGGAUGCCAGCAACUUGACUGAGCUUGACAUACCUCUCUCCUCAGCCUUUCAAGAGUUGGAGAUGUGCAUCACCAGUGACAACCUGUCACGGGUUACUGCUUCUCCUGCUUUGCGGAGCCUCUACAUCAAAUACCAGGAAUUUUGCCAACAGCAGUCCCAGCUGGUUCCAAACUUUGGACUAUGGUCAUCGUACAUCAGCAUGGUGGAUCUGCUACUGCGGUUUGUCAGGGCUAGUCGCACUGGCAACUGGAAGUUGCAUCUCGUCUGUGUGCGGGAUAUGCUUCCCUGGUGUUUUGCAUAUGACCGAGUGAACUAUGCCCGGUUCAUGUCGUUCUACUGGCUCGACAUGACCCAAUUGCCAACGAACCACCCAGAAGCUCAUGCCUUCCUGGAGCAGGGUGGGUUCUCGGUGCAACGGUCAUCCAACCCUUUUGCUCGAGUAGCGUCCGACCAAGCUAUUGAACAAUCGAUCAAUCGAGCCACAAAAACCACAGGCGGUAUAAUUGGGUUCAGCCGCCAUCCUGCUACUGUACAGCGCUGGGUGCUCACAGCACAUGACCGUGCAGCAGUCGCUGAUGUUUGCUUGGAACACUGUGGCCUUGAUGACAGUACUGAAGAGAGAGAUACCUUUCACAAGGAUUGCCAGAAGGGCAGAAUGGUGCGGGAUGAGAAGGAUGUCCUCCAAAUGAUCGGUACCGUCUCCAUGCUUCGCAAUCCAUUCAUUUCAUCAUCCAAACAGCCAUGCAUGGAGUUAAUCCAUCUUGCAUCUGGCGUUGAAGCAUCCAAGGAAGCUGCCCAGGACCUUCGAACGGCUGAAGAGCGUGGCAAGGUUUGUUUUCAUGAGUUCCUCCAUGAACGGUUGACUGCUGGGCAAUCCGCUAAGGGAUUCCAUGAUCCACUGAAGAAGCAGAACCUGCAGACCUUCACCAAGAAGAAAGCAAAGAAGACGGCAUCGACCAGCAACACCGACAUCCUUCGUGCAGACAGGUCUACUUUCUCUCGAAUGGCCUUGAUUGCUCAAACGCGUGAAAUGGAUAUGCGGCAGGUGAUGUCAUACCCACUAGGUGAAUUGCCUUGGGCAAUUGCCUCUACAUCAGGAGCUCUCGUGAAGACAAACAAGUCUGCUUUACUUACUCUGCUCACCGAUGGCAUAUCGACUGCACCUCCAACCAACACUGCUGCUGCUAAUGGAGCCCUGAUUAUUGAUGCUAUGGCAAUGAUCAGGACCCAGAAGCUAAGCGAAGCGCCUGCAUCAUUUGGAGAGUUUGCUGCAGUAGUCCUGAAACAGCUCUGCGGCUACUUUUCUAAGUACACCCGAGUGGACUUCGUUGUGGACACGUACCGUGACAUCUCCAUCAAGAACUUAGAAAGGAGCUCUCGUGCAGCCGAUGGAGUGUUGCGACUGCAUCUGACAAACCGGUCCCAACGAAUGCCUCGGCAAUUUAACAAGUAUCUUUCGCUGGGCACGAACCAGGAGGAGCUGAUAGCCUUCUUGUUCACAGAAUGGCAGCGUCCCGAGCAGAUGCAGAAGAUUCCUGAUGGCAAGGAGCUUGUGACAACUUCCAGGCAAUCAUGUAGCACGGUAAGAUGCGUAGAUGGUGUGGGUGUCCAUACUCCUGUUGCGAGCCUUAAAUCGACGCAUGAAGAAGCUGACACGAGGCUCCUUCUCCAUGCCAGCAAUGCGGCGGCAGCAGGUCACGCGAACGUGACCAUCAAGUCACCGGACACCGAUGUGUUAGUUCUUGCUGUAUCAGUCACGAAUCGCAUCCCUGCUGCUCUACACUUCCUAACUGGAACUGGCAACAAGACACGGAAGAUACCGGUCAAUGCCGUCAGCGAAAAGUUGGGCAGAGAGGUGUGUGAUGCUCUGCCGGCAUUCCAUGCCUUUACCGGCUGUGACGCAGUCAGUUCCUUUGCGCACCAUGGCAAGAAAUCUGCCUUCAAGUUGCUGUGCUCCCCAGCCCACUCCGACUACAAGGCAAUCUUCGCCCGUGUUGGUUGUAACUUUGACGGACUUCCUGGUGAUGUCACUGAUUCCCUGGAGACGUUUCUGUGCCUUCUCUACAAUGCAAAAAGUUGCACCAAGGUCAACGAUGCAAGGUAUCAGUUGUUCUGCACGAAAACGUUGCAGUCGAAUCAGCUUCCUCCAUGCCAUGAUGCCUUCGUCAAGCACUGCGCCAGGGCCAACUAUCAGGCUGCUGUGUGGCGCCUUUGUCUUGCUGCAAUACCAGACAUACCUGCUCCACACGAGAAUAAUCAAGGCUGGUGUCUGAAUAGCGAUGGCAAUCUUGCCGUUUCUUGGUUGAGCCUACCCCCAGCGCCCCGAGCACUCCUUGAGUUCCUCAGCUGUGGCUGCAAGACAGGCUGUAGCAGUGGGAACUGCUCAUGCCGGCGCCAUACUUUGAAAUGCACAGAUGCCUGCCAGUGUCGCCACAACUCGGCAGGAGUUGCCUGCACCAACUGCCCAACUCUGGACACGGUUCAGGAAGACGUUGCUUCAUCUCUGGAAGCAGAUGACACACUGCAAGCUGUGCAGUGAAACACUUCUUCGCUGGUCGC